GCGGCGGAGACGGUUUCUCCAUCUUCCCCCCCUCCCCUUCCCCCCUUCCAGUUUCCCUCCCUCCCUCCCUCUUUCCCAGUCUGGGCACCUGGGCCUGUGACUGCUUCGUUAGCGGAGAGGAGGCUGCCAGUCCGCUUCGGCGGGCCUAUGCUCCGUACUGUUCUCGGGGCCUCCCUGCUGAGCCCAAGGCUCACGCCGAGAGGGACACGCAGUAAGGAGCGGCCGAAGCAGCUUUGCGGUGAGAGCACGCUGGGCCGGGGUCAGAGCGGGGAGCCUGUUGGCGGGUAACACGGGACCCGAGGGUUUUGUAGUGCAUCCCUGAGCAUGAGCGCAGAAUGAAGCGACGUUUGGAUGACCAGGAGUCACCGGUGUAUGCGGCCCAGCAGCGUCGGAUCCCUGGUAGCACAGAGGCUUUUCCUCACCAGCACCGGGUUCUUGCCCCUGCCCCUCCCGUGUAUGAAGCCGUGUCCGAGACAAUGCAGUCAGCCACGGGAAUUCAGUACUCUGUCACACCCAGCUAUCAGGUUUCUGCUGUGCCACAGGGCUCUGGUGGCGGUCAUGGGCCCACCAUAGCAGCAGUUCAUAGCAGCCAUCAUCAUGCAACAGCUGUACAGCCCCAUGGAGGCCAGGUGGUCCAAAGUCAUGCUCAUCCAGCCCCACCAGUUGCACCAGUGCAGGGACAGCAGCAAUUUCAGAGGCUCAAGGUGGAGGAUGCACUGUCCUAUCUUGACCAGGUGAAACUGCAGUUUGGUAGUCAACCACAGGUCUACAAUGAUUUCCUUGACAUCAUGAAGGAAUUUAAAUCUCAGAGCAUCGACACUCCAGGAGUGAUAAGUCGUGUGUCCCAGCUGUUCAAAGGCCACCCUGACCUGAUCAUGGGCUUCAAUACCUUCUUGCCCCCUGGCUACAAGAUUGAGGUGCAAACCAAUGACAUGGUGAACGUGACAACUCCUGGCCAGGUCCAUCAGAUUCCCACCCAUGGCAUCCAGCCCCAGCCUCAACCACCAUCCCAACAUCCUUCCCAGCCUUCAGCCCAGUCAGCCCCAGCUCCUGUCCAGCCAACUCCUCAGCCCCCACCUGCCAAAGUCAGCAAGCCUUCCCAACUACAAGCACAUACUCCAGCCAGUCAGCAGACUCCCCCACUCCCACCAUAUGCAUCCCCACGUUCUCCACCUGUCCAACCACAUACACCAGUGACAAUCUCAUUGGGAACGGCCCCAUCCUUGCAGAACAAUCAGCCUGUGGAGUUUAAUCAUGCCAUCAACUAUGUUAAUAAGAUCAAGAACAGGUUCCAGGGCCAACCAGACAUCUACAAAGCAUUUCUGGAGAUUUUGCACACGUAUCAGAAAGAGCAGCGAAAUGCCAAGGAAGCUGGAGGAAACUACACCCCAGCAUUAACUGAGCAAGAGGUUUAUGCCCAGGUGGCUCGUCUUUUUAAAAAUCAGGAAGAUCUGUUGUCAGAGUUUGGACAGUUCUUACCAGAUGCCAACAGCUCUGUGCUUUUAAGCAAAACAACUGCUGAGAAGGUUGAUUCUGUGAGAAAUGACCAUGGAGGCACUGUGAAGAAGCCCCAGUUGAACAACAAGCCACAGAGGCCCAGCCAGAAUGGCUGCCAGAUUCGUAGGCACUCUGGAACGGGAACCACUCCUCCAGUGAAGAAGAAACCCAAACUGCUCAGCCUAAAGGAUUCUUCUAUAGCAGAUGCCAGCAAGCAUGGUGUAGGAACUGAAUCAUUAUUUUUCGAUAAGGUCCGAAAGGCUCUGCGAAGUGCAGAGGCCUAUGAAAAUUUCCUACGCUGUCUUGUUAUCUUUAACCAGGAGGUGAUCUCUCGGGCUGAGCUUGUGCAGUUAGUCUCUCCUUUCCUGGGGAAAUUCCCUGAAUUGUUUAAUUGGUUUAAAAACUUUCUGGGCUAUAAGGAGUCUGUACAUCUGGAAACCUUUCAAAAGGAACGAGCCACAGAGGGCAUUGCCAUGGAGAUAGAUUAUGCCUCUUGUAAACGGUUGGGUUCCAGCUACCGAGCCCUCCCAAAGAGUUACCAGCAGCCCAAGUGUACAGGACGGACUCCUCUCUGUAAAGAGGUUUUAAAUGAUACCUGGGUUUCCUUCCCUUCUUGGUCUGAGGACUCCACCUUUGUUAGUUCCAAGAAAACUCAGUAUGAAGAACAUAUCUAUCGUUGUGAAGAUGAACGCUUUGAGCUCGAUGUAGUUUUAGAGACCAACCUGGCAACAAUCCGGGUUCUGGAAGCAAUACAGAAGAAGCUUUCCCGCCUCUCUGCAGAGGAACAAGCCAAAUUUCGCUUGGACAAUACCCUUGGGGGCACAUCGGAAGUCAUCCAUAGAAAAGCACUCCAGAGGAUAUAUGCUGACAAAGCAGCUGACAUCAUUGAUGGUCUGAGGAAGAACCCCUCUAUUGCUGUCCCCAUUGUCCUUAAAAGGUUGAAGAUGAAAGAAGAAGAAUGGCGAGAAGCUCAGAGGGGCUUUAACAAGGUGUGGAGAGAGCAAAAUGAGAAAUACUACUUGAAGUCUCUGGACCACCAGGGCAUCAACUUUAAACAGAACGACACCAAGGUCCUGAGGUCUAAGAGCUUACUCAAUGAGAUUGAGAGUAUUUAUGAUGAGAGGCAAGAGCAGGCUACGGAAGAAAAUGCUGGUGUACCUGUCGGCCCACACCUCUCGCUUGCCUAUGAAGACAAACAGAUCCUGGAAGAUGCCGCUGCUCUGAUUAUCCACCAUGUGAAGAGGCAGACGGGCAUUCAGAAGGAGGACAAAUAUAAAAUCAAGCAAAUAAUGCAUCAUUUCAUUCCAGAUCUGCUCUUUGCUCAAAGGGGUGAUCUCUCGGAUGUGGAAGAAGAGGAAGAAGAAGAGAUGGAUGUAGACGAAGCCACAGGAGCAGCUAAGAAGCACAAUGGUGUUGGGGGCAGUCCCCCUAAGUCAAAGCUACUGUUCAGUAACACAACAGCGCAAAAGUUAAGAGGGAUGGAUGAAGUAUAUAAUCUCUUCUAUGUUAAUAACAACUGGUAUAUUUUUAUGCGACUGCACCAGAUUCUCUGCUUGAGGCUGCUGCGGAUUUGUUCUCAAGCAGAACGGCAAAUUGAAGAAGAAAACCGAGAGAGAGAGUGGGAACGGGAAGUGCUGGGCAUAAAGCGAGACAAAAGCGACAGCCCUGCCAUCCAGCUGCGUCUCAAAGAACCUAUGGAUGUUGACGUAGAAGAUUAUUACCCAGCUUUCCUGGAUAUGGUGCGGAGCCUGCUGGAUGGCAACAUAGAUUCAUCACAGUACGAAGAUUCUCUACGAGAGAUGUUCACCAUUCAUGCCUACAUUGCCUUCACCAUGGACAAACUAAUCCAGAGCAUUGUCAGACAGCUGCAGCACAUUGUGAGUGAUGAGAUCUGUGUACAGGUGACUGACCUUUACCUGGCAGAAAACAAUAAUGGGGCCACUGGAGGCCAGCUGAACACGCAGACUUCGAGGAGUCUCCUAGAGUCAGCAUAUCAGCGAAAGGCCGAGCAGCUCAUGUCAGAUGAGAACUGCUUUAAGCUUAUGUUCAUUCAGAGCCAAGGCCAGGUUCAGCUGACCAUUGAACUUUUGGACACAGAAGAGGAGAACUCGGACGACCCUGUAGAAGCAGAGCGCUGGUCAGACUAUGUGGAACGAUAUAUGAAUUCUGAUACUACCUCUCCUGAGCUUCGUGAGCAUCUGGCACGGAAACCAGUAUUUCUUCCAAGAAACCUGCGGCGAAUCCGGAAGUGUCAGCGUGGUCGAGAACAGCAGGAAAAGGAAGGGAAGGAAGGAAACAGCAAGAAGAACAUGGAGAAUGUGGAUAGCCUGGAUAAGCUGGAGUGUAGGUUCAAGCUGAACUCAUACAAGAUGGUAUAUGUGAUCAAGUCUGAGGACUACAUGUAUCGGAGGACCGCCCUGCUCCGGGCUCAUCAGUCCCAUGAGCGUGUAAGCAAGAGGCUACAUCAGAGGUUCCAGGCCUGGGUAGAUAAAUGGACCAAGGAGCAUGUGCCCCGUGAAAUGGCAGCAGAGACCAGCAAGUGGCUCAUGGGUGAGGGGCUGGAGGGCCUGGUGCCCUGUACCACCACCUGUGACACAGAGACCCUGCACUUUGUGAGCAUUAACAAGUACCGUGUCAAAUACGGCACAGUGUUCAAAGCCCCAUAACUGUAAGGCCAGAGCAGACAACUUGAGGGAGGUGUGUGUGGGGUGGGGUGGGGUUCACGUGUCCUCACACACACUGAAGAAAUGAGGAAGAUGCCUUUCAAGCCUCACUGGGCCUCUCUGGGACAUGGCCACCUGAUGUGUGUGUGGCCGGUGCAACCUGGCACCAAGUGGGCUACAAGGAAGAAACAUGGGUACCUUAUAAAGCCAGAGCUGGAACUUUCCUCAAGGGGUUUUGGAUAUUAUCCUGUCCGGAGGGGAAGGAAAUCCAUGCAAGCACAGAGACACUCAGCUUGCUUGCACACACCAGCAGAGCUAGGACUGGAAUUUCCUGGGACCUGACCUUCGAUAAGGAAACCAGGUGCUGUUCACACCUUGACUAGAUGGGUGUGCAUUGACAAACGACUGGGGAAGGACUCAACACUCAAGAUGGGUUGUAACUCUGAUGGUCACUGCUCUUCUCCUCUCCCCACAAAAGGGAAAAAAAAAACUGGAUUUGAUUUUUUUUUCCUGGCCACUCGAGCACAUCUAGAUCAGCCAUUAGAUUUUAUCUGGGACCUGCAGUUUGGCUUUGGGAUUGAUCACCUUGUGGAUUUGAUUCCUGACGAAUCCCUUGCUGCCUUCCCUUUACUCUCUCCUCUGGUUUUCAGCCUCAACAAGUUCAAAUCAGUCGUCCUUUUUAGCUCCAGUGGAACUGUUUUGUACCUGCUUCUUUAUUAGUCUACCCUAGUGCCAUCCACCAGCUUCUCUCUCUCUUUCACACACACACGAUUUUAACUUGGUUUUUCCUUUUUUGUAAAUAAUGUACAUACUGUCAAUUUUUUAUUAAAAGAUAUGCUUUGAUGUGCUAGCAUAACUGCUCUAGCUUCUUGUGUACCAUAGUUCUAUGUGGCUUCAGAUUUAGUACCUAUGAACAGAUGUACAAGACAUUUAUUACACUUUUUACCAAAGGGAGUUACCGUUGUAGUACUUUUGUGUAAAACUUGUCUUCCCCCUUACCCCAACUUUUUUUUUUUUUUUUUUUUUUUUUUUUUUAAAAAAAAAAACUUGUUUUUUUUUUA